UACAGAUGGCCCAGCACCGGUCGCAACGCUCGGCUACGCAAUCAAUCACAUCGGCCUCGUCACAACCAACCUGUCCGCCAUGAAAGACUUUUACGUCAAUAUUCUCGGUAUGAGAACGCUAUUCGACGCCUAUGUCACACCCGAAUACACAGUCACCUACCUCGGUUUUGCGCAAGGAGGUCGCAACGGGACAGGAUUUCAAAGCGGUGCCGAUAUGACAGCCGAGAAGAACAAUUUAUACGGACUGAUUGAGCUGCAACAAUUCAAUGUUUCGGAUGAUACCUUGCUUGCUUCCACAAAAAGGAGCAAUACAUUCGGCCAUGUUGGUCUUAUCGUGCCUGACGUCGUCAAGGCCCAAGAGUACUUUGAGAGCAAAGAUAUUCCGAUUUUGAAGAAGGUCAACGUACCUCUUUCGGAGUUUACUGGUGUCAUUCCCAAUGCUUACGGGCUCGGAGAGUAUGCGGGUGCGCAUAUUGAGGCCAAAAAACGCCUCCUGAAAGCUCAAGGUCUUAUUGGACUUGAGAUGUUUCUGAUGAUUGCUGAUCCAGAUGGAAACCUGAUCGAGAUACAGCAACAAGACUUGUAACGGUGUCUGAUUAUACCAGAAUUAUUGGC